CAAUUGCAAGUCAAACGUCAAAGAAGUGUGCAUGGUUUUUGCAAAUAAUACCAUGUGGAGACAGUGCCGACUUUUACAAUAUUAAUAUUGAAUAAAAAAGUUUUAUUUUGGAAAUGGAUUACGUUGUGGGCAGUGUGGCCUCUUUAAUAUCUGGUAACGUGACACCCAAUCGUCCAAAACGAUCAAAGAAACCUCUUACACCUAUGAAACAUCAAGUUUCGCCAAACGUGACUCCAAAAAGUCAAUUGGUGGAUGAUAAAUCUGUUUUCCUUUCACCGACAAUGCAAAAGAAGAAAGCUAUUGUUAAAAAAUCACCUAAAAGGAUAUUUCAAAAUAAUGACCUUGAUGUAACGAAUGAGGAAGGGGAAUCAAAUUUUUCGAGUCCUAAAGCGGACAAGGUAAAAAAACAUUUAAAAGAUAAAUUAGAAACAGACAGCUCAGCUAGUCAAGUUUUGAAAAAUUCGAAAUCCCCAAAAAACAAUGAUAAUGCAAUAGCUGAAGACGAAAAUUCCUCUAAAAAGAAAAAGAAUAAAAAGAUGUCACUAACAGCACCUUACACCGAAGCAUUAGCAGACGAAAGUAUUGAGAAUAAUAAAGAAAAUAAUGAAAAUGUGGAUAAUGUUGAACAGUCCAAGUCUAAAAAGAAAAGGAAGAGAUCAAAAUCAGUGUCAGAGAAGGAAGACACAGAAGUAGAUGAAAAUAUCGUAAAUGAAACUGACUCACUCAAAAAUGUCGUAAAACCUGACGAGUCCAGUGAAAAUAAAAGUCCUAAAAAGAAAAAGAAAUCUAAAGCAUCAGUGGAAAAAGAGGACUGUGAAAAAUCAGAAAAUGCUACUUAUAAUAACAAGAAAAUAGAAAAUGAAGCUGAUAACAACGAAAGUAAGAGCUCUAAAAACAAAAGAAAACGAUCAAAAUCAGUGGCUGAGAGAGAAGACACGGAAAAUGACGUAAUUGAAAGAGACUCAAACAGUCAAGUCGAAAAAUCUGAAGAUUCAAGUGCAAAUAAGAGUCCUAAAAAGAAAAGAAAGAGAUCAAAAUCAUUAGCAGGUACGGAACAAGCUGAAGCAAAUCAAAUCGCAGGAGACGGUUCCAGCAGUGGAAAGACAGAAGAUGAGGUGGAAGAACAAAAUAAAAGCAUUGAUAAAGAUACGAAACACAAAAACAAGAAGAAAAAUAAGAAAACAUCAAAGAAAUCAGAAAACGCAAGUGAAGUGAACCCCAAUGCAAUUACUAACAAAGAUUCAGACUCCGAGCACGAAUCUGAUGAUGAGAUGCACUCGGAGAAUGAGGAAGAAAAUAAAAAAACUCUCAACACUGAUCCUGUGGAAGAAAGUUCCGAUGAAGAAGAAGCUCCCAACAAGAAAGAAGCAAGUAAAGAAAAGAAAGAAGAUGAAGUACAUCAGGACACAGAGGACGAAAUACAAAGAACUAUAUUUGUGGGCAACGUCCCCUUCAGCACCAAGUGUAAGAAGGAACUGAAGAAAAUUUUCAACCAGUAUGGACAAAUUGAAACUGUUCGGAUUCGGACGGUGCCGGUCAAGGAUGCACGGGUGACGCCGAAGAUGGCUGUCAUCAAGAACGAGCUCCAUCCAGACCGCACUACUGUCAAUGCUUACAUCAAGUUUGCUGAUGCCGCCUCCGUCAGUAAGGCGCUGGUAGAAAACAACACCCUUUUAAACGGCUGUCACCUCCGAGUGUCUCGUAGUGACAGUACGGGAGCUGAACACGACCCCAAAUGUUCCGUGUUCGUGGGCAACAUACCGUUCGCCCUCGAAGACGAGGGUUUGAGGGAGAGGUUCGAGAAAUGUGGCGAGAUCGACUCGGUCAGAAUUGUCAGGGACAAGAAAACUAAUGCUGGAAAAGGUUUCGGUUAUGUUAACUUCAAAUCCAAGGACGGCGUUGAACUAGCUCUGGCCUUGACCGAGGAGGAUCUCACAAUAAAAAAUAGAAUUUUAAGAGUAAAAAGAUGCACUCAACUGACACACAAGAAACUUAACAAACAAGAAACAGGGAAGCAAGGAUAUGUCGAGAAGCAAGGACAACGAGGAAGACAGGACAAGACGAUGGGGAAUAGAGGGAAUCAAUUCGGUAAAGGAAAAUCAGGGCAAGAGAACAGCGAAGGAGCUUACAGACGAAUAAAAAGAAAGAAUCAGGAUAACUCCGGGGGAGUCCCCACCAGGCAGGACAUGACACACACCAAGAAAAAUAGGAAGGAGUUUGUCGGGUUGACGGCAGAAAAGAAAAAGAAACAAAAGUUCAACAAGGGACAAAAAAAGAAAAAGGUUCUGAGCGAGAUUCUGACGAAGAAAUAAUGUGAAGUGCUGCCCAGAUUAUGUUCCGUGUAGAUUUUAACAGUUUAUUACAAUAAAGCCUUUAAACCUA